AGGUUUUUCGUCCCCAUGAGCUCUCGGCACAAGUCUCGACCGCAGCCGCCGUCAGAGCGCAACGCACGCCCGGGAGCCCACCGAAGCCCAGUCGCGCGGAGACCCAAACCCAGCGAGCCCUCGCCGCAGAUGGCAGUCCCCGGCGGCCGCAACGGCCUCGUCGAGGACGACGACGUCGCCGACCAGGCCGGCGCCUUCGUCGCCCCCUCCGACGACGAGGAGGCGCCGCUGCCUCCCCACCUCCAAGCCAUCUCCAACGCCGCCCAGGUGGGCAACGUCAACGCCCUCCGCGCCGCGCUCGAUAACUAUGGUGGCAGCAUUGAUGAUCCAGUUGAAGAUGGUGAUACUGUGCUUCACCUGGCAUGCUUAUAUGGCCAUCUACCUUGUGUGCAGCUACUGCUGGAACGUGGAGCAAGCUUAGAGUGCAAAGAUGAAGAAGGCGCAAUUCCUCUCCAUGAUGCUUGUGCUGGAGGCUUCACUGAGAUAGUUCAGUACAUUCUCAGUUUUGCUGCAAAUGCUGAGGGUUGUGCAACGCGAAUGCUCAACACCGUUGAUGCUGAAGGCGAUACUCCACUCCACCAUGCUGCCAGAGGGGAACACAUGGACACCGUCAAGCUUCUGCUCGAGGCUGGUGCAUGUCCCAAGAAGGAGAACACCUACGGGCAGGCAGCCGCAGAGAUGGCCGAUCAAGAUACCGAAGUCCGGGCCCUGUUAACCGCCAAGCAAGUCGAGGCCAGCAUACAUAUGGCGAACUGAUGGAUCUGUCGGAGGGAACCCUUGGUUGAAAUCGCUCAAAUGAUGAGUGGGCAGUAAAAUGAGUGGUAGUAUUGAACUAAUAGUAUCUUCAUACACAGCUUGCCUACUAUGAGAAUUGCAUUUCUGUUGUCACCAGAACUAUGGAGUUAUGUGUAAAGAGGAGGACAUGGUGUUUCUCCACUUGCUCUUUGUAUCUGUAUUUUUGGCGUUAUAUCAAAGCCACAAUCAGUUGAGCUCU